AUGGCCAGCAACGAAGUUGGCAAGGUUCUUCAUGAGUCAAACACUGUUGGCCCCCUCUCCAUUAUUGGGGCUCUUCAGCAUGUCAUCGAAAAGCGCCAGGAAGUCGACAACAUUUACAAGUCCUCGGGUGCUGAGGAUCCUAGCCAUAAACACUUCAUCAAGAGACUAGAGAAGACCUCCCGUAUACUGAAGCCCCUUGUGGCGGCGUCUAAGAGACUUCCCAACUCAGAGAUUCCCCGCAUCGACGCCGUGACGCUCAAUCAAUUUGCUGUACUCGCAUUGGAGGAAGAAGAAAACGACGACGACGACGACGAUGUUUCCCCGAUUCUACCUAGCAUCUCGAAAGUCCCUGCUGCACCCCAUAGGAAAUCAGCCAAGGGCAAGGUCGUUGUUCGUCAGCAACAUUGCAAGGUUGAGAUUUUCCUCGAAGACGAUGACAUGUGCCGAGUUUUCGAGGCGUCGUUCCUUCUAUACCAAGCUGCAAUGAUGCGCGACCAGCUGAUGCAUUUGUGUACCGAGGCUGCGAAAAGAACUCUUCCUAUCCCAGUCGCAGCGUUGCUUACCAGCACGGUGUUCUUGCUUGGGAAUCAGCUCGUUGGUGAAUACUUGCCCUUGAAUAGUGAGGAGAUGCACGAGUACUGCGUCAACGUCUUGAAGUUUCGUGACGCGCAACCCGAGAUCAACUCCGAGAUCGACGGAAUGUUCAACUUCCGCCGCUUUUGCGACUUUUACGACUUCAUACAAUUGUGGAAUCGCAAAGAGAUCAGUUCGCUCAGCACGGCGACUUGCACAAGCCUGAACACGAUAAUUUGCUCAUCUGAAGAGACCCUGACACUCCCCAUAGACAGUGCUCUCGAGCUCGCCAGUCAAAUGAGGACCGCGGUUGACUUCUCCACGGAAGUCGUGAAGGCCUCCCUCGACAACGCUUCCCACACAGCCCUGGCGGAGAAGAUGGACGAGUUCCACGGGGCUAUGGAUGCUUACGCCACAGAAGACUGUACCCAAUUUUACUACCGUGCCCCUUGGACCGCCGGCGGACACAUGGGGGAGAUACUGUUCCAGGCCCAGCAUAUGGGCAGAUAUCUCGCCGGCUGUUCCACCGGUGGGGGUCUUUGUAUAGUCCCGGCACCACUUUACCUCUACAACGCCCUCCGGCCCUCCGACUUCAAGCUCGCUAAGAUUCCCAUCAUGGAGGAAUCAUACAACCUCUUCAAGGCCAACGUCUUUCGGGGGGACUUGACUGACAGGAACUUCCUCUCAAUCUACCGUCGAAUCGUGUACGGUGGACCCCUCAAUAAGGCCAAGUCUAUCAUUGAGUGGAAGAGCAACGAGUUCAUCGUCACCCCGCUCUCGUCUAUCUUUUGCGAUCAACACGAAGUCAACCACAAGACGGGUCCCGUUUGGCUGGCCCGGAUCAACGGGCAAUGCGCCCCAACAACCAAAGCUCAGGUAGAGAAGAUUGUCAAGAAGAGCUCAUUGCAGCCGCAGCCGCUCACGACGGUGAUGCACAUGGCCAAGGAGACGGUUUGA